AGAGAAACAGAGAUGAGUUUGUGAUCGCAUUUCCCUGCUCAGACGCUGCAUGCAUCAACCAAUGGUUGAGUUCCACUGUCAUCGACUGUGUCGUCGACUGACAGAGUGUUAUAACAUAUGAUGUGGUUAGCUAAUACAUACAAUACCUAUCCAGGCGUUUUAAGAUGUGGCAGGCAUCAACAACUGGGAAUAGGAGCUGUGUGCCAGAGAAAGAAAGAGAGAGCGAAAGACGGAGAGAGAGAGAAAAAGAGAGAGAAGAGAGAGAGAGACAAAGAUAGAGAGAGAGAGAGAUUGAAAAGAGCGAGAAAGAGAGAGGGAAGAGAGGUUGUGUGUGUGUGUCUCAGUGUGGGGGGGUAGUGCUAAGUGAAAGAGGCUGUAGUGAAUGUGAACUCAGCAAACCACCAUGGAACCUUCUAGACUGCUAUACACAACUUCUACCAUAUCCUGUUAAGUGUAGUGGCGGUGGCUGGCUGUGUGUGUGAAUGUCUGUUCCCAUGGCGCAGCGGGAGACAGGCGGCACCAGUCCGGUGGUCCGGCAGAUAGACAAACAGUUCCUGGUCUGCAGCAUCUGUCUGGACCACUACCACAACCCUAAAGUCCUGCCCUGCCUGCACACCUUCUGUGAGAACUGUUUACAGAACUACAUCCCUCCAGAGUCUCUGACGUUGUCGUGUCCUGUGUGUCGACAGACGUCCAUCCUACCAGAGAAAGGAGUAUCCGCUCUACAGAACAACUUCUUCAUCACUAACCUCAUGGAGGUCCUCCAGAGGGAUCCAGAGUGUUCGAGGCUUGAAGCCUGUAGUGUCCUGGAGUCAGUUAAUGCUGCUGCUGCAGGGAAACCCCUCUGUUGCCCCAACCACGAGGGCAAGGUGAUGGAGUUCUACUGCGAGUCAUGUGAGACCGCCAUGUGUCUGGAGUGUACAAAGGGAGAGCACAGAGAGCAUGUGACCGUGCCUCUGAGGGAUGUCCUGGAGCAGCACAAAACACAACUAAAGACACAGCUAGACGCUAUACGCAAUAGACUGCCCCAGCUAACAGCAGCUAUAGAGCUGGUAGGGGAGAUCUCCAAGCAGCUGACAGACAGGAAGAACGAGGCGGUGACUGAGAUCAGCAGUACCUUCGAGGAGCUGGAGAGGGCGCUACAGCUCAGGAAGACAGCCCUCAUCAAUGACCUGGAGAACAUAUACGGCGCCAAGCAGAAGGUGCUCCAGGCCCAGCUCUCCACUCUCCUCCAGGGGAAGGACCACAUCCAGAGCAGCUGUAGUUUUACUGAACAGGCCCUGAGCCACGGCAGUGCCACAGAGGUGCUGAUGGUGCAAAAACAGAUGAGUGAGAGGGUUUCUGCCAUGGCCCGUCACGACUUCCCUGAACAGCCUCACCAGAACGCACACCUGGACUGUCAGGUGGAGACAGAGGGCCUGCGUCGCUCCCUCCAGAACCUGGGCGUCCUCAUCACUACGGCAGCCGUAGGCCACACCUCCGUCGCCACGGGAGAGGGACUACGCCACGCAGCAACCGGACAACAUGUCAGCAUCACUGUGACGACCAAAGACAAGGACGGCGAGCUGGUGCGAACAGGGAACGCGGUGCUGAGGGCCAAUAUCACGCCGGUUGCCGACGGAAGCCGCUGUGUCACAGAACCGGAGGUGACGGACAACAAGAACGGGACGUACGAGGUGGGAUACACGUUACGGUCCGAGGGGGAGUUCUCCUUCGCUUUGUCCCUCUACGGCCAGCCGGUACGGGGCAGUCCCUUCCGGCUGCAGGCGGUCAAGCCCUCGGAUGUGCUGCAGUCUCCGGAUGACGUGAAGAGGAGGCUGAAGAGUCCUGGCGGGACAGGGGGUCAUGUCAGACAAAAGGCUGUGAGGAGACCCUCCAGCAUGUUCAGCACUAAAAAGAAGGAAAACCCCAUCGAGGAUGAACUCAUCCACAGAGUCGGUACGCGAGGGAGGGAGAAGGGAGAGUUCACCAACCUGCAGGGGAUCUCAGCCUCCAGCAGCGGCAGAGUGGUGGUAGCAGACAGUAACAACCAGUGUAUCCAGGUGUUCUCCAAUGACGGGCAAUUCAAAAUGAGGUUUGGGGUCAGAGGUCGGUCGCCGGGGCAACUGCAGCGACCCACGGGCGUUACCGUGGAUAUGAACGGUGACAUCAUCGUGGCCGACUACGACAACCGAUGGGUCAGCAUCUUCUCCUCCGAUGGGAAGUUCAAGAAUAAGAUCGGAGCGGGGCGUCUGUUGGGCCCUAAGGGCGUGGCAGUGGACAGGAACGGACACAUCAUCGCCGUGGACAACAAGGCGUGCUGCGUCUUCAUCUUCCAGUCUAACGGGAAGCUGGUCACCAAGUUUGGCGCCAGGGGGACGUCCGAGAGACAGUUUGCAGAAAAAAGUGGUGCACAUUUAAAUAGAUCUGGUCCAGUGUUCAGUCCACACUUUGUUGCGGUGAACAACAAGAAUGAAAUCAUUGUCACAGAUUUCCACAAUCAUUCUGUAAAGGUGUACAGUGCGGACGGUGAGUUCCUGUUUAAGUUUGGUUCCCAUGGCGAGGGGAACGGCCAGUUCAAUGCCCCCACCGGAGUUGCCGUGGACACAAAUGGGAACAUCAUCGUGGCCGACUGGGGCAACAGCCGCAUACAGGUAUUUGACAGCGCUGGUUCCUUCCUGUCCUAUAUCAACACAUCAGCUGACCCUCUCUACGGCCCCCAGGGUCUGACCCUCACCUCUGAUGGACACGUGGCCGUAGCCGAUUCUGGAAACCACUGCUUUAAGAUCUACCGCUACCUACAAUGAUAGGGAGAUGGAAGGAAGGAUCGAGAUGGAGGGAGAGAGAGAGGGGCAUGUAGCCAUGACUGACUCUUCAAAGGUUUGAAGGAUGGAUGGUAGGAGGGGUGGACAGCUGGAGGGACAGAGAGGUGGACACAUGGACCGACAGAAUAACUGCUUCAAGGCCUACUGCUUCCUACAGUAUGAUGAAUGGAUGGAUGGAUGGAUGGAUGGAUGGAUGGAUGGAGAGUUGGACAGACCGAACCACAGUUCUUAUACUACUACCUACAGUAGAGGGACUUCCAGUUGGGACUCUCCCCUGCAGCUUUACCUUGUUCCCCGUAUGCCACUUUCUGCACAUUCCAUUCUGCCAAACUCUCCAGCCAGACAAGGGAGAACUGAACUCUCCUUUAGGAGGCUAGAGUGGAAUGGAAAAUACGACUUUAUCAUAGGUGAAUCAGAUAAAUACUUGACAACAGGAAAGUUAAUAUGUCCAUACUCCAGGAAACAGAGUUAAUAUGUCCAUACUCCAUACCCUGUUUGUAUCUAUUCCAUCGGGGACCACGUUGGAAACAAGUGAAAUCGAUUUAGCGUGUUAUCCCCUUGGGUUGUAGUCAGUCAUCUUUUACCAAUAAAUCUAAAGGAGCGUUACAUCCACCAUUUUGUGCGAUCUAUAACCUUAUAUAGAUGUACAUAAUGAAUAUUUUUUUUUGUGUGUAGAGGUAUCUGAAUACUUUCUUUCUUCCUGUACGUGUUAAACUAUAGAUUGCAGAUCAAUGCACUGUCUAGUUACGCUAUGUAGAAGAGAUCAACCACUUCACGAGAUACAGUGUGUGAGGUUGAACUGUAUGAAUUUCAAACAUCAAGAGCACAAAGUUUAACACAUUUCUAUUUAUGUUCUUUUUCUAAAGAACUUUAAACAAAGGAUUUUUUUUUUUUAAAGAUUGUUCCCUUUCUACAUGAUUUUAUCUUUAGAUUUAAAAACAUUUUUUUUUUGGUUUUUUUAAUUUGCUGCUGUUUGAUGUCCUCCUCUUCCUGGCCUUGGGUGUGUCCCAAUAAUUCCUUCUUCUUCCUGAAGUGUGCACUUGUUCGGGCUAAAGUGAGCUUCCAUAUACUGUACCAGUCAUGUCCUUUUAAUAGAGUGGUCUGCACGGAAAGCUGAGACUCUCACAAAUGCGUUGCUGUUCUCCAUUUUGCUCUAUGACCCCCCCCCCACAAGUGUCAACGACUCGUCUGAAGUCGGUACCGCUGAUCUGCCAAGCUCUGUGUGUAGCGUUCGAACUGUUUGGGUUAUACACUGAUAUGAGACUCUCACGAACACAAAUAUGUUGGUUGUUUUGCUCUAGAAGUACUUCAGUGCCCAAGAUUAUGGGGGAAAUAUGGGUAAUAAAAAUAAACAUUUACUGUAUCAGAUAUAGACGUCAA